AUGAACGAGCAGUCUUCACUCCACAGUUUGUGUGCCUCUCAGACGGUAGGAGAGUCAUGGGACGGGAUAGAUGGGAGGAUGGGCGGAACAGUAGAAAGCGAAGAUCGAGGUACAAAGAGGAGUCGCUCGAGUCAUGAUAUCAGCAGAGGACGCUCAGCGGACAACUCCACGACACAGACUGAUACUAACAUCCAGGGAGAUGUAUUCCAGCAGGCUGAGGGCCAAGUCCCCACUACAAUGCCCUAUUCUCAAAUCGAAUCAUGCCAACGAGGGUACAAGGAGAAUGCAUUCAGUGUUCCGAGGCCAGUGGGGCGGAUCGCGCUCAAUCAGAGCCAGCAGCCGGCGAGUCCCGAUUCAGCGCAACAAACACUUCAGAUGUCUCUUAACGACCAAGGACGCGCAAUGACAGGACAAGGCGAGCUGAACACAGAUGUCCCUGACUCUCAAUCGAGCUCAGCACGCGGAGCAGACUGCAUGCAACAGUACGCCCAAGCACAUAUUGGUGGUCAGGGAGGCACGCUACCUUAUGCAUUCCCGCAGGCUGGGGGCCAAAUUGAAUCAUGCCACAAGGGCAUGAGGAGAUACAUGACAGCUCUCGGGUGA